GCAAUAUGGCUGACUCUCCACCACCACCCUCAACCUGGAAUUUUACUACUAUGGCUGGGAAUGUGGUACAGUUUCUCAGACUUCCAGUGCUGGCAUCGUCGGGUUUGGCCAUUAUCGCAAGUGGUAUGCUCUAUUUCAAGCAAAAUGAAAUAAUUUACCCUCGUAACGUGCCUAUUGGGUCCCGUACUGAGGUCCCCAAACCAUCGGAUUUUGGGAUGAACGACUAUGAGGACCUUCGAAUCCCGACUCCUGAUGGAGAAUCUCUCGCUGCGCUGUUUAUCCGCCCAUCUCAUACGCGACAUUCCAAGCCUAAAAUCACCGUUCUCAUGUUUCACGGUAAUGCAGGAAAUAUCGGCCACCGUCUUCCCAUUGCACAGGCCUUAGAACAGACCCUCAACUGUAAUAUUUUGAUGCUCGAAUAUCGCGGCUAUGGCCAGUCUACAGGCACUCCCGAUGAACAGGGCUUAAAAAUUGACGCCCAAACCGGUUUGGAUUACAUUCGCCGGCGCGCGGAGACAAGCGAUACAAAAGUUCUGGUGUACGGUCAGAGUAUUGGUGGUGCAGUCGCGAUUGAUUUGACUGCAAAAAGCCAGCAGCGAGGCGACGUAGCAGGAUUGAUACUGGAGAAUACGUUCUUGAGUGUUCGAAAGAUGAUUCCAAGUGUCUUCCCCGCUGCCAAGUACGUUGUUCGUCUUUGUCACCAAUACUGGGCUAGCGAGGAUACAUUACCCAAAAUUACACAGGUCCCAAUUCUGUUCCUGAGUGGGCUAAAAGAUGAAAUUGUCCCCCCCAGCCAUAUGGCCCAACUUUUUUCAAUCUGCAAAUCUAGCACCAAAGUUUGGCGAACUUUCCCAAAUGGUCAACACAAUGAUACCGUUGCUGAACCAGGGUACUUUGACCAUAUUUAUUCAUUUGUCGUGGACCACGUUCUAGACGACUGAGCCAUCUUUCACUCGUUUUAAUGACCUGUUAUUACAAAGUUAUGGGCAUCGCGGAAUAAAAAAGGUUAAAAUAACCCCCCGACUUGGACAGCGGAAGCAAAUUGUCCUCUUAAAACAAGGUGUAAGACCAUGUCGCACGAGAAGAUAUAUCGCUACUUAUCAGGGUGGGCUAUGAAACAUGGGAAUGCGAUAUCCUCGUGUAAACGCUGUUGGAUCCCUCCUCUAUCCAACUCCUUUUCUGAUUCCCAGCAUCCAUCUCCGGGACAUUCAAAAAUACCUCGCCGCAAUAAUGGUAUAUAUCGUUUCUUGAUCCCAAACUUCUUUUCCCCCAAUUGCGUCCAAUUAUUUGGAUGCGUCUUCACAUCUACCUCCGAGAUACCCUUGAUAUAAUUUUGAUAUUUUUAACUCCUGAACAACUGAAAACAAUGACUUUUCUAAGAGGUCGCUUAUUGUGUUAGUUUUCUAUGGUUUCCUGUGUGGGCACUGAACCUAUCUUCCAUAAAGGUAGCAAGGUACAUUUUAUAUACCAACACGAGGCCUGCACUACUUUCAUUCCGCCGUCCUAUUUAAAAAUAUGGCAGGGCUGAUUUUGGCCUAACUCAAUGCCAAUGGAUCGAGAACUGCAGUGAAGACACCUUGUGAUGACACCUUUAACAAUGCGAUAAUCAUACGUGGGUUUACAGGGAGUUU